AUGGUGAUUAAAUCAAAUACGGGAAAUAUGUUUUCUUCUGCAAUUCUGGAAAUAAGUUCUGUUGUCGUGAAGAGUCAUGUCCAAGUGUCUCCUGGCGGAUCAUGGGUAGUCCAUCACUCAGAGCAGGAAGAUAACAAAGCAGCAAUACUUCUGAGGUUGUGUCAGCUUGGAAGCUCCCAGAUUCGUCAGAAUUACUCCACCAAAGUGGAGGCCGCCAUCAACCUCCUGGUCAACGUGCCUCUUUGGGCCUCCUACACCUACCUCUCUCUAGGCUUCUGUUUCAACCUCAACAUUGUGGCUCUGGAGGGCAUAGGCCACCUUUUCCGAGAAUUGGCCGAGGAGAGGUACGAGGGCACCGAGCAUCUCUUGAAAAUGCAAAACCAGUGCAGCGGCCGUGCCCUCUUCCAGGAUGUGCAGAAGCCAUCUCAAGAUGAUGGGACCCCCCGCCUCUGUGACUUCCUGAAGAGCCACUUCCUAGAUGAGGAGGUGAAACUCAUCAAGAAGAUGGGUGACCAGCUGACCCACCUCUGCAGGCUGGCUGGUCCCCAGGCUGGGCUGGGCGAGUAUCUCUUUGAAAGGCUCACCAUCAAACAUGAGUAG